AUGCGCGGCAGAGGUCAGUCGGCAUGCGCUCAAGGAUGUUCUGAUGGUUUCUUUCUUAAUCGUUCUGUUUCGAAUGACCCAACUAGGCUACAUCGCAUCAGCAUUUCCAGGAUGAACCUGCCGAUCGAGCUCACGCCCAUCGACCUCGCCUCCCACUUCUCAGCAGCAUGCCCCAGUAGCAGCAGGCUGGAUGGCGUCCUGCUGAUCUCGAGCCGCUUGAGGCUGGCGCUGAGCCCGAGCCAGGGCCAGGGCCAGGACCCGCUGGUGGUCUCGCUGGCCAGUGCUGGCGGCCAUCCCCGGACGAUGCUGCUCUCGACCCAGCCCGGGCUGCUCGGCCUGGAUGAGCCGGCACUCGCACCCGAGCUCGAGCGACUCGGCCGAUGGAUCGACCGCGAGGAUCGCCGUCCCGCCGCCCGCUUCCGUGUCUGCGUCAGCCAUGCCCUCGCCGGCCGCAUCCACGCCGCCCUCGCCAUCCACCCGGCCCACCCCCUCCAGCUCUCCCUCGCCACGCCCAUCCCGCUCGCCGCAGUCCUCCUCGAGCUCAUCCACCCGCCCCCGGGGCUGCCCCCGCUCGACUCGCCGGCGCUCCAGGCCGAGCUCACGGCCCGGCUCCCCCGGAUCAUCCGCCAGGCCGAGCUCAUCCCCCUCCAGCUCGCCCUCGCCGAUCCUCCCGGGGAGACACGCGCACUCUCCGCCAAAGUCCUGCUCACCGAGCCCGUCCUGCAAGGCCUCUUCCUGCCCACCCAGACCACACUCACCCUCGUCGCCCAGGCCCACCCACCCCCUCCCAGCCCGCCCACAGCCAUCCCUCACACCCACAUCAAUGGCGCGCCUGCUACCAGCAAUCCUCUUCUGGAUGGCUCGGACGACUUUGAAGACCUCGGCAGGCAGGAAGACGAGCUAGAGAUCGAUACCAACUUUCUGGCCCAUUCAGUGCUCAACCAGCCCUUGCUCGAUCUCUCAAGCUACCCUCGUGCAACCUCCUCACUCGGACAUCCGUGCCAUGCGCUGCCCUUACUCGACUCUCCUCAUCAGACCCCCGCCCAUUCACCUGGAGCACAUCCGAACGAUGACGACGGAUUCCAUUGCUUGGCCCGCACGGUCGAUCUGAUCAAGAUCGGCGUCCAGAGCGGCGAUUGGCUCCUGCUCACCAAGCCCAGCCCAGCAGACGAGGAUGGCCGUCAAAGCCCCCAAUCUCAUCAGCACAGAUUAGUCAGGAUCAUCGCCUGCGACGAUCACCAUCCAGCCAUCCUCAACCUCCGCCAACACCAUCCUCAGUUCGACUCCCACCCAAGUCGCCAGGCUCCAGCGCUCAUACUCGUCCCACCGGUCUUGCUGCUCAACCUGCUCGGCACGGUCUCUUACUCGGCUGCCCUUCGAGCAUUCGACCUAGAGCGUCCAGCGCCACUCAACGCACUCCCUGCGGGCCUGCCCUUCUAUCGACAGCCAGCCUUGCCCACCAUCCGAUCACUCACUCUCGCCAGACUAGCAUCCCCCCAAGCACUCACCAAAUCUUAUCAGCCAGCCUUCUUACGCGCCCUCAAGAAAUACUUCGAACAGAAACCACGGGUACUCCGUGACGGUGACGUGAUCGCCAUCGCCAUUGAUGGCGAGUCGGCUAGGUUUGCCGAGCCACACCCCUCUUCUCAAACAGAGCCAUCCACCACAGAGGACUUAGACCCCGAACACCUCCUACCCUCAUCAUUGGCCUCAUAUCCAACCUUGCCAAUCUACUUCAAAGCAACCAACCUCCAGCUAUCAUACCCUACGUUUGAUCAAGCGCAAACGGAUCCCGAACAUGGUCAUCAAGAUUCAUCUGUUAAUCAGCCUAACCGAUCGAAUCCGCUUUUACCGAUUGGUGAAAUGAUGGAGGAUGGAGUGCUGGGCGGGAUCGUCGAUCCUAAGAUGACUAAAUUGGUUCAAACUGGCCUUGAGUUUGGAUUCGUGCCUGAUGCAAAAAAUUGGCUUGGGAUCGACAGUUCAACGCCGCUCUUUUAUUCGCCUCAAAAUGCGUCUAAUUCACAAUCUCCUGAAAGAAUACUGUAUGAAUAUCUACUAGCAGCCGCCAGAGUAGAAUCGAGAAACUACGAUUUAAAUUUGACGGUUUUAAUUAGUGGACCGCGUGGUUCCGGAAAAUCGACACUGACUAAACGCGCCGUCGAGGCCACAGGUUUUAAUUUUCUGGAGCUCAACUGCUUUGACUUGUUGGGGGAGACUGAGGUCAAGACGGCGGGUACUCUCAGAGCGAGAUUCGAAAGGGCACUCCAAGCGAUACCAUGCGUGCUCCUACUACGUCAUCUGGAUGGUUUGGCGAGAAAAUCUCAAAGCCUGGAAACCGGUCAGCAACCUGGCAUCAUCGCGAUAUUGAAAGAGUGCUUCAAUGACGCUCGACGCAAUUGGACGAGCCAAUCUGCCGUCAAAUUUCCAUUGAUCAUCGUUGGAACCACUACCGAUCCGGAUCUACUACCUUUGAGCCUGUUGGCUCUCUUCAAAACUCAAUUAGCAAUCGAAGCCCCAUCCGAGGCUGAGCGGCUAGAAAUCAUCAAGGAGCUUUUACGAAAGGACGUGCUAGCACCUGACGUGAGUUUGAAGUCGAUUGCGCUCGAAACUGCUGGUCUAGUCGCGAACGAUUUGGUCCAUCUGGUAUCCCAAGCUCGCAUGGCUGCCGUCACUCGGGCACGGAAAGACGGAACUGGAAUCGAGCAGCUAGCAAGUGCGGGUAUCCAGCUGAUGGCCAAAGACAUCGAAAAAGCGCUCGGCAAGGCGCGCUCAGAAUACUCCGAGAGCAUCGGGGCACCCCGGAUCCCCAAGGUCAGCUGGGAUGAUAUCGGCGGCCUGGCCAAAGUACGAGAAGAGAUUCUGGAAACAGUCCAGCUACCGAUCCAACAUCCCGAACUCUUUGCAAACGGUCUCAAGCGUCGCUCUGGCCUCUUGCUCUACGGACCCCCCGGAACAGGCAAGACGUUAUUAGCCAAAGCGGUGGCCACAUCCUGUGGAUUGAAUUUCUUCAGCGUCAAAGGGCCUGAACUCCUGAACAUGUACAUCGGCGAAUCGGAGGCGAAUGUCAGACGAGUGUUCGAAAGAGCAAGAGGGGCUAGACCAUGUGUCAUAUUCUUUGACGAGCUCGAUAGUGUUGCCCCCAAAAGAGGUAACCAAGGCGAUAGUGGAGGAGUGAUGGAUCGAAUCGUUAGUCAGCUUUUGGCCGAACUGGAUGGGAUUUCAUCUGGAGCUUCCAGUAACGACAAUCAGCAAGAAGGUGCAGCAAAUAGCAGUAGUGGUAACGGGGAGGUGGUCGUCAUUGGAGCCACCAACAGACCCGAUCUAUUAGAUCCAGCCUUGCUCCGACCGGGUCGAUUCGAUAAACUGAUCUACCUGGGAAUCCCGACCACACGGGACCAAAAGCUAGAAAUCCUGAAAUCCUUAACGCGCAAGUUUACGCUCUCGAGUGGGUUUGAUUUUGGAUGGUUGAUCGAGGAGAUCGACCGGAUCGGGUCUCAAAAGGGGAGCGGGAACAUCUUCACGGGGGCGGAUUUUUACUCGAUCUGCUCGGAAGCUUUGAUGGCCAGUUUGAUCCGGAAGAUCGAGCGCUUAGAGGCCCUGAAAGCCGGCCGAUCGGUGCAGACGGGCGAAGACGGUCUGGAGGGCCCUGGACAUGAGCUUGAUGAGCAUGUCGGGGGAGCGGUGACCGAGGUCGGCCCGGAAGACUUCUUGGUCGCGCUCAGACAAGUCAAGCCGUCGAUCAGCGCUAGCGAGCUGGCCCAUUACCGGAUCAUCCAGGACCAGUUCAGCGACGAGACCCGGCAAACUCCCGCGAACCAUGGUCCUCCUCCUCCUCAACCCAAUCAUCGGGAUCCUACCAAUGAUACCGCCUCCCAACAAACCAUUCAGUUCGACUUUUCUCCCGCCAAAAACAAAGGCAAAUCUCGUGAAGUCUCCUGA